AUGGAUUUGCAUGCUUGCAGCGAUGAAUCAUCAACAGAGAUAGUUGCUGAUACCGCUACCACCGGAGAAGAGAUCAACCGCUUAGACGAGAGAUUGACGGUUGAGAAAAAGAUGAUCAGCCAAACAGAUCCCAGGAGUCUGUUUGAGUUCAAGAGGGUACAUUUGUACGGUGUGACAUCGAUCUGUGGAAGACGACCGGAGAUGGAAGAUGUUGUCUCCACGAUACCCAGUUUCCUUCAGUCUCCAACCAAUUCGUUGAUAGAUGGUCGUUUCAGUUCUCAAUCAACCGCUCAUGUCUUCGGUGUCUGCAACGGCCAUGGCGGUUCUCAGAAGGAAAGCUGCAAUGCUGGAGAUGCAGAUGAUGUAAAUCAACGGAAGAAGGGAUUGAAACUCAGAAAUGCAGCUUGUGAAAAGCAACAGGAAGAGAUUCAAUCAACUAAGGAUUUAAUUGCUAGGCGUGGUGCUGAUGCAAAUUUUGGCUCUGCUACUACUGCAGAAAAAAAACUUGAGAAGCUUCAAGAACAGAAGCUCAGAGAGAAGCUAUUUCAGCCAGAUCACACAUGA